AUGGACCGACGCCUUUCGGUCCUGACGGCCUUCCCGCCGGCCGCUGGGAUUGAUAACGAGGAAUACUACAAAGAGAGCCAGCAACAUGCCAAGCGGGUGCGAGAACUCAUAAAAGACAACGCGCAGUGGAUAAGGGAGUCCGCCGAUGAUAUUCUCAAGCAUGUCAACCCCGCCGUCCAUUCCCUCUCAUAUCUUAUGAUCCUCGAUUAUCUACUACAGGCUUCCGGGCGGGCCUCUCAGCAGGCACACGAGAGCUUGGCAUCAUACAUGACCGAGUUCUUCCUCCAGUUCGAUGCUCGCCAAAUACGGUGUACGGGAAGCAUUUGGUCAGACAUCCUCAAGGAGGUGUAUAAUGAACACAGCGUGUUUCCUUCUUCCAUUGCCGUUGAGGUGGUCACUGCUGCCCUCCUAAGACUUGAUCCUUCAGGUUCUAUGCUCACAUCCCACCACUGCCACCUCGUCGAACUGGCAUACAGCACCGGCAAUGUAGGACCGGUAUUGCCUCUUAUCCAGAAACCCAUCAUCUACAUGCCGGCCAAGGGCAUGUCGACAACCCAGCCCCUUUGCGACAUGUCUCUACCGCCACCGGCAUACAUCAACCCUGAUAGCCAGCUCACCGACGCUCUCACCAGCUUCGCGGUGCUUCAGUACGAUUUUCUAUGCGGCCUGUGCUUCGUCGAGCGCCGCAUGUGGCAGCAAGCCUUCGAUGCCUUUGAGCGAUGCGUCACAUAUCCGACGCGAGAUGGCGGUUGCAGCAAGGUCAUGACAGAAGCAUAUAACAAAUGGAUCCUUGUCGGCCUGCUCCUGACCGGAAAGCCGCCAACACUACCGGAAACGACUUCACAAGCAGCAAAGAAGAUUUUCGCAACCCAGGGAAAACCCUACAAGUUAUUCGCUCAAGCUUUCAAGGCAGACAAUGCCGGGGAUCUAACCCGCGAGUUUCAAGUUCUUAACGCCGAGCUCUUGCCCAACGAGGGCAACGUCGAGCUCGCAAAGCUGGUGCUGGCCCACUACCAGCGGUGGCAAAUUAUCAACCUGCGCAAUGUCUACACUAACAUCUCCCUCGACAAGAUCCGCGAGCGAACACAAAGUGCCGAAACGGGCGCGCCCCUACCGAGCGUAGAAGCGGUAGGCCAGCUCUUGCAAAGCAUGAUCGCCGACGGGAGUCUCCAGGGCGCCAUCGAGCGGCCCACAGACGGCAGCCCUGCCUACCUGACCUUCUUGUCGGCGCCCGCACAAGGUCUCUCAGAGGUAGAGUUUUCGGCCAAGGUGAACAAGGUAGCGCAGGGCAUCAAGGCUCUGCAGCCCAUCAUUGAGGCGACCAACAAGCGCCUGGCCAGCAACCGCGAGUACAUCAGUCACACGGUCAAGCGACAGCUUGACGCAGCUCGCGAACACAAGCUGGGUCUUCAGAUCGCAGGUGGCGGGUUUGAGGAGUCGUUCCACAUCGAGGAGGAGGAGGAUCUGAUGAGUGGUCUCCCCGUCCAUUAG